UGAGCACGUGUACGAGCACGGGCCGCGCUGCUCCUUAUCUAAAACUAGAAAACGAAGAUUACCCGCCACACAGCAACUAAUUUCGCAUCGAUGGUAACAGUCUCCACUUCUCUUCUGUUCACCGGACCCAAAACCUUAGCUUUUCAGCACUCAGGUGGUUUCAUCCAUGCCGAUUCCCGGCGAUCUAUCGCUACAGCGACAUCUAGGGUUACGCCGCGCAAGUCCAAUUCAUCGUUGUCCUUCUUCGCCUCAGCCAUGGCGGCUGCGCCACAAGCGCCAGUCGAUACCGAGGAGAAGAAAGAGAGCGAUAAGUUUAUUGAGGAGAUGGUCGUACUUCCGACUAACGAAUCGUCGGAGAAGCUCCUCUGCAUCCGACAUACGUGUGCACAUGUCAUGGCCAUGGCUGUCCAGAAACUCUUCCCAAAUUCGAAGGUUACAAUUGGUCCUUGGAUUGAUAAUGGAUUCUAUUAUGACUUUGACAUGGAGCCUUUAACAGAUAGGGAUUUGAAGAGAAUAAAAAAGGAAAUGGAUCGGAUCAUUAAACGCAAUCUACCUUUACUGAAAGAAGAGGUUUCCAGAGAAGAAGCUCAAAACAGAAUAUCUGCGAUCAAUGAGCCUUACAAAUUGGAGAUUUUGGAAAGCAUCAAGCAAGAUUCUAUAACUAUUUAUCAUAUAGGAAAUGAGUGGUGGGACCUUUGUGCUGGACCCCAUGUCGACUCUACUGGGUAUAUUAACGCAAAGGCUGUUGAACUUGAAUCUGUUGCUGGGGCUUACUGGAGAGGAGAUGAAAGAAGGCAAAUGCUGCAAAGGAUAUAUGGCACAGCAUGGGAGACUGAGGAGCAACUGAAAGCUUACCUGAAAUUUAAAGAGGAAGCAAAGCGCCGUGAUCAUAGACGUUUGGGCCAGGAUCUUGAUUUAUUUUCUAUUCAGGAAGAUGCUGGUGGUGGCCUUGUGUUUUGGCAUCCUAAAGGUGCCAUAGUUAGGCACAUCAUUGAAGAUUCAUGGAAGAAAAUUCAUUUACAUCAUGGUUAUGAACUUCUAUAUACUCCUCACGUUGCAAAGGCAGAUCUCUGGAGAGUUAGUGGGCACCUGGACUUCUAUAAGGAAAAUAUGUAUGAUCAGAUGAAUAUUGAGGAUGAACUCUAUCAGCUUCGGCCCAUGAAUUGUCCUUACCACAUUUUAGUUUAUAAGCAUAAGCUACAUUCAUAUAGGGAUUUUCCAAUCAGAGUGGCAGAAUUGGGAACAGUAUAUCGUUAUGAGCUCUCUGGUAGCCUGCAUGGCCUGUUUCGUGUCAGAGGGUUUACGCAGGAUGAUGCACAUAUAUUUUGUCUGGAUGACCAAAUCAAAGAUGAAAUCAGGGGUGUCCUUGAUUUGACACAAGAGAUCUUGCUGCAAUUUGGUUUUAGAAAAUAUGAAAUAAACCUUUCAACUAGGCCAGAGAAGUUUGUUGGCAGUGAUGAUAUAUGGGAAAAAGCAACUAUUGCACUGAGAGAAGCUUUGAGCGAUAAAGGUUGGGACUACCAAGUUGAUGAAGGUGGUGGCGCAUUUUAUGGUCCGAAGAUUGAUCUCAAAAUUGAAGAUGCACUUGGGAGGAAAUGGCAAUGUUCCACUGUCCAGGUUGAUUUCAACUUGCCUCAGCGCUUUGACAUAACUUAUGUAGAUUCAAAUGCUGAGAAAAGACGUCCUAUAUUGAUCCAUAGAGCCAUUCUAGGGUCUUUGGAGCGAUUCUUUGGCGUCCUUAUUGAACAUUAUGCUGGUGAUUUCCCACUCUGGAUCUCUCCUAUUCAAGCCCGUCUUUUGCCUGUCACUGAUUCUGAGGUGAACUACUGCAAGAAGGUAGUUUCCGAUUUGAAAUCUGCCGGCAUUCGUGCCGAGCUUUCGCAUGGUGAACGCCUACCUAAGCUCAUAAGAAAUGCAGAAAAGCAGAAGAUUCCUCUGAUGGCAGUAGUUGGACCUAAGGAAGUUGAAAGCCAGACUGUAACUGUGAGGUCGCGUUAUAGUGGUGAGCUUGGAACUAUGACUGUUGAUGAGUUCAUCGCUAGAGUCAGGUCUGCUGUUGAGAGGAAGACUUGCUGGUAGUGAACUCUAGUGCAGCUUACAGAGAUCCUGAAGAUAAUGAGUUCAUAAACACAAAGUGUACAUGUCCGGCUGAAAAAUAUCGAAAGGUGGUGGUGAACUCUGCCCUCCUUUGUUCUUUAGGUUCUUAAUUUGUUCCCUAUGUUUAUAAUUAUAUUUUCAUUUCUUUGUUCAGUCCGAAUAUAUAUGAAUACUGUUACAUUUUCAUUGAUGGCACUUAUAUAAACACUUGUUAUUCACAAAGAAAAGUUCAAUGUGCCUUAUCAAUUGCAAUUUUCUUUCUUCA